AUCAUGUACUUAUAUGAAGGUUAUUAGUCGAAUAUAUAAAAACUCGCGUUGGGACAUUUGGUCUCAGUUGUGAUUUUCGUAAUUGCACGAGUAACGCACAAAAGCAAAUUCAUACGAUGGCUCGUCUGGUUGCCUUGCUCGUCCUCGUCGUUACGGUCUACGCCGUCUCCGAAGCCUAUAUACUGGAACGUCACCAGUGCGGUCUCCAUGAGGAAUGGGUUAGUUGUGGACGGCCGGAAGCCUGUGAAGCUACGUGCGAUCAUCCGCCAGCGGAAUUUUGUCCCGAUGUUUGUGUCUCGCGUUGCCGAUGCCAAAGUGGAUAUUUGAAAAACAACUUGAACCUUUGUGUUCUCUCAACAAAAUGUUAACAGAUUUUGAUGAAUCCUUCUUGGUAGCGAUGGCGAUACGUAACCGAGUCUCUUAAAAAAUCAGUUGCGACGAUUGUUGAAGUUCUUACAUUGUUAAAGUUUCUCAGUUUUAUUAUAAUUUUAUUCACUUGUUAAUAUUUGUAUUUAAAUUAACUUGAUUAAGUGUUUUCUUUUGGAAACCAAUAAUUAUUGUUGAAUAAAUAUCAUUUAAUUUUUA